UUCAGUAACAUCUCCAAGAAUUAUAUUUAAAAUUCCAGUGCUUAGAAUAGGAAAGAAAGAUGAUGACUACGAUGUGUUCGCGGUUGAAGAACUGGCCGCGUCUGCUAAAUCUCUUCGUCCGCCAGCUGAGGACUCCUCUGCAGAUUGCCCGCCACUCCCUCCACUCGCUCCACCAGUUCGCCCACUUUGCCGGUAAGAAAUCCUCGCGGGAUCCCUACCUCAUCACCGUGGUGCAGGGAAGAUCGAAGAAGCCGCGAUAUCCGGGCGAUCAGCGGGCCAAUCAGCGUUUCGGCGAGGACAGCUGGUUCGUCAGCUCCACGCCCCACGCCGAGGUAAUGGGCGUGGCCGAUGGCGUGGGCGGCUGGCGGGAUAUGGGCGUGGAUGCGGGUCGCUUUGCCAAGGAGCUGAUGUCCUGCUGUUCGGGACAAACUCAAAGUUCCAGCUUUGAUGGACGUAAUCCCAGGGAUUUACUCAUCGCCGGCUACCAAGAGUUGAGCCACCGGGAACAGCCAGUGGUGGGCAGCAGCACCGCCUGUUUGGUCACCAUGCAUCGCAGGGACUGCACCCUUUAUACCACCAAUCUCGGAGACAGUGGCUUCUUGGUGGUGCGAAAUGGUCAGGUGCUCCACCGAUCCCAGGAGCAAACCCAUGACUUUAAUACCCCAUAUCAACUGACUGUGGCUCCGGAGGAUCAGAUGGACUUCUUCUACGCGGAUAAACCGGAAAUGGCCGUGUCCACCAGGUACUCUUUGCUGCCAGGUGAUCUAGUACUCCUAGCCACCGAUGGAUUGUUUGAUAAUUUGCCCGAGAGCAUUCUUCUCAAGAUCUUAAAUGGGUUAAAGGAGCGGAAAGAAAGAGAUCUCCUGGAAGGAGCCAACCAGGUGGUGGAGAAGGCCAGAGAACUCUCCCUGAAUGCCAAUUUCCAAUCACCCUUCGCCCUGAAAGCCAGACAAUACAAUGUUCCCUAUUCCGGUGGCGGCAAACCCGAUGACAUCACCCUAAUCCUGGCCAGCGUUGAGGUGCCAAAUUCGUAACCACAGUCAAGAGUCAGUGUCCCGCCAGCAAAUGGUGUCUACGGCAAAUAUUAUUCCAUGUCUAUCAGCAGUCUGUGAUAAAAAACCCAAAUAUACUUUGUUUAUAAAGAUCUGGGCCUUAGAAAAAAGUACAGAAGCCGGCAA